AAAAAAGAAAACAGCUGCGCUGUACAAGUCGUGUACUAGCUGCUAUAACUCUCUCCCGAAUCCCACUCCAUUUUACCCUCUCUCUCUCUCUCUCUCUCUCUCUCUCUCUCUCUCCUAUGGAACCACCGCCUCCUUCUCUCUCCUCCACCGUCGUUCCCGCAGCCACCUCUGCUAUACCUCCUCCUCCUCACGUGCCAUCAUCUUACCCCGAGUCUCUAGACUCCUCCCCGAAGUCCCGCACCACGGAUGCCUGGGACGAUCUUCCUCCUCCCGGUGGCGGCGCUUCUUCCAAACUCCGUCUCAUGUGCAGUUACAACGGUCACAUCCUUCCCCGCCCGCAGGACAAGUGGCUCUGUUACAUGGGCGGCGACACUCGCAUCAUUGCCCUCGACCGUACCUCCUCCCUCUCUUCUCUCAUCACUCGUCUCUCCAACACGCUACUCAACGGCCGCUCCUUCACGCUCAAGUACCAGUUACCCAGCGAAGACCUUGAUUCCUUAAUCUCCGUCACCACCGACGAGGAUCUCGAUAACAUGAUCGAGGAGUAUGACCGUACGAUCAGUUCCGCCAAACCUUCUCGGCUGCGUUUGUUUCUCUUCACGACGAAGCCUGAAGCUACUCAAUCGAUGGGUCAGAUUCUAGAGAGUUCGGCUAAGAGUGACGAUUGGUUCCUCAAUAGAGGAUUCUCAGAUUCUGAUUCCGACGUCAAUCGUUUGCUUGGCUUGGACGAUACUCUCCGCUCUAAUCUCGUCUCCAAAGAUGACGAUGGUAAACAUCAGCAGCAGAUUCAACAGCCUCCAGGAGGUCAAGAUGUGCAUAACUUGCCGGACUCUCCGAUGUUGGAUACAUCCUCCUCUUUUGGAUCAACUUCUUCCUCUCCCUCGCUCGCGAAUCUCCCUCCGAUUCGCGUCCAUGUAGAGGAAGCUAAGGGGAUGCAGGAUCAGAGGCUUGGAAUCGAAGAACAUUUCGCACGAUUCAACGUCGGGAAUAAGCUUCAAGACGACGGAUUCGCAGCGAUCUCGUCACCACCGCCGGUGAAUGCUCCAACCGUCUCAAGUGGGGUCUUCUCCGACGACGAGAGAUCCAAUCACUGUGUGCCAGCUGGAUACAGAAAACCUCCGACUCAGCAGGUGAAAUCGAACAGCGGUGGACACGAGAUGCCAUCACCCGAUUCCGUUUCCAGUGAUAGCAGCAUGAGCAACUCUGUGUUUCAUCAAAGACCUUCUGUCAACCAAGAGCCAGUUUCUCAGAUGCCUUCUUGUUCUUCCACUCUAGUUACUGGUCUGACUAAUCCUUCAGAUCCAAACACACUCUUGUCACAUCAUCAGAAUCAGGACUCAAGCUACAUCCUUCACCCUCAACAAUCUCAGCCACGACAGCAACAGUUCAUACACUCACCUCAGUACCUUCAUCACCAUCCCUCUACUGGCCUUCCUCUCCAAAGUUACAUCCAGGUUUACCCUUCCCAGCCUCAGCAGUCCUUCCACAUGCACCCUAGUCAACUAGAUCACCAGCCUUACCCCUUUUAUUAUACCACUGCUCCAGUCCCACCUAAGCCUUACAAUAUGCCUCUCACCCAAUCUGGCAGUGUGAGUGAUUCUCUAGGGUCUCUCCCUUCUAGCCAUCCCCAGACGCUGCCUAAUUCCACCAUGAUGGCUCCACCACCUAACAAUCAUUUGAGAAAUACUCCGCAACCUACGGGUGGUGCUCAGAUUGUUCACCAGGUACCACCUAUAAGUCUGCAGCAAUUCAUGGGGUAUUCUCAGAUUCAUCACCCACCCCAGUCUGGUUCAGUUGGGAUUCCCAACUAUGGAUAUGAAUAUGUGGAAAAUGCCGCGCCCAAGCAGGUAUACUACACGCAACAGAUGGGUCACGCACAGUAUCAGAUGGUGCUGGCUGAUGGCUCUCCUGUUGCUGCUAAGCUUCCAGCUGAGAACAUGGCUCAACAGAUCCGGAGUUCACAGCCAAUGUGACACAAGGAAGAUGGAUAACAAUUUUGGAUGAAGGAACUCUGGUUGGUUUCGGAACAUAUAAAUGUAUAAUCUUUUUUUCUCUCUCUCUCUCUUGUUUUCUAAGUUGCUGCAUGCGAUCAAGUGUCUAGUUUCAUGUUUGUUUGGUAUUUAUGGACUAUGUCAAAAUAUGUUGUGUGAGUAAGUAGAGUAUAAGGUAGUAGUGGUGCUUCUUUGUAAUUUACAUUAUAGUUACGAUGGAUACUGGUUUCCUGGAUCUUAUAUCAUAUUAUUGUCAUU